CUCCUCGUUUCGGUUACUUUUCUGUCGAUCCUUUCUUUUCACGCAUCAAGGUCACUGUCCAUACCGUGCAAGAGUAUCUCACCUAUCCCAGAGGUCAGCCAUGCCUUAUACAUCCACAAAUCUCCUAUUUGACCUUCGUGGGUUCCGUCACCCUCAGAAAGCCCUCGCCGAUCGUGAUCGACGCCCCGACUCCCCGGACUACACAUGUCUGAGGCGUCUUCCCCGGACCCCGCGGCGCAAGCGGCGGCUCAAGCGGCGGCUGCCGAGGCGGCGCGCACAUUCAACGUCACGCUAUGGACGCUGUACGCCUUCGGAGUCCUGGUCACGGUCCUGCGGACGUAUGCGCGGGUCAGGGCUGUGGGCUGGAAGCAUUUCGAGGCAGAUGACUACCUCGUAUGGGUUGCUCUUCUGCUCUACUCGACACAAUCGACCCUGGGAUACGAAGUCGGCAACCUUGCCCGUGGGCUGGCAAACAAUGGCAUGACAGAUGCACAACGGGCUGCCUUGUCACCAGAUAGCCCGGAGUACGAGAUGAGGGUGAUUGGUUCAAAGAUCCAGGUGGCGGGGUGGUCUUGCUACGCGGCCUUGAUGCUGGUGCUCAAGUUCGCCAUGCUGUUCUUUUACCUGCGACUUACGAACGGCCUGAGCCGCCGCCAUCGCAUCCGCGUGCAUGUUGGGUUCGCGCUCGUCUUUGCGGGCUUUCUCGCCUCCAUCUUCGCCGUCUUCCUCACGUGCAUGCCCUUCCACAACUACUGGCAAAUCAACCCGGACCCGGGCAACUUGUGCCAGGCCGCCGUGUCCAGGCCUAUCGUCUGGGCGUCGUUUGCUGCAAACAUCUCGUCAGAUAUCUAUCUCAUCCUGAUACCGCUCCCGCUGCUCUGGGUAUCGCGUCUGCGGCUGGUGGAGAAGAUCGCAUCGAGUCUUGUGCUUGGCGCCGGCAUCUUCGUCCUCGUCUGCGCCACGCUGAAGACUGUCUUUGUCAUUGUGGACGACGUCAAUGGCGCCGAGCUUGCCGGCGCAUGGGGCACGCGCGAGGCCUUCGUGGCGGUCGUCACGACCAACCUCCCCAUGGUGUUCCCGCUCUUCCGGACGUGGCUCAAGCCGCUGAUCGGCAGCUCGGCGCGCACUACCGACAAGCUGAGGACGCCUGACGGGUUCCGGAGCAUUGGGGGCGGCGGCGGUCCUGGGGGGUCUGAGUCGCGCAGCAACCGUCGCCGUGGCCCGCAUACCAGCUCAUCAAAAGGGGUGAAUCCCCUUACUAACGUGUCCUUCACCGAGAGCGAGGAGCGCAUCGUCAACGAGAUCAAGCUGCAAAGCAUGCGGUCUGGUGCGGGUACUGCUACUGUUACUGCUGCAGGCGGUGCGGUUUCCACCACGGCGCAGGAUGGGCAAAAAGAGACCAAGGGCAUUGUUGUUACGACUGAUUUCGAUAUCUCCGAAGACAGGAGCAGCCAGCAUAACGAGCUGAAUGCCACGCGCAUCCAUGAGCCUUGGUAACGGAAUUAUGUUCUAGCUUGCUUCUCGUUUCUUUGUUAGCGUUGCCUGAAAUACCAUUAAAUCUUGACGAGCAUCAGCUUCCGGCCGUGAUGCAGAUCAAUCGUUGCUUGCGCAAGGCUCGACCGGUGGACGCCGUUUCCUAAUGGUAACCUCCUAGUUUUGACUACCUAGGCAGGUAAUUUUCGGGUACCGGGGAGUCAUCAGUGGACCAUCUGUUCCAUCAACUUGACUGAGGCGCUUCGACAACUCUCGGUCACAUCCGGUUCAGGCCCUGCUCCACACCCCCAGAUCAGCAUCAUGGAUACUGGAGCGUCGAAAAGUGACAUUUUCGAUCGGCAGCGCUAGGGUGUGGGUUGCAGUAAGCCAUCCGAACUCUCCGUUGUGAAUUUGUGCUGAUCUGGCUGUCUGAAGCAGGGCCCAAAGUAUCCAAGAUCUGGCAAUUCACCCUGGGCUUGAACCCUGCCCGC